CUUUCACCGCAGUUUGCUCCCACUGCCUGCACGCCUCUCUACUCAAGUCUUCGAGUUCCAUCUCUCCUGCAGCACGUCAAGCCUCUGUACUCAGUUCUGUUUGCACUUGACAUCGACUGCAGGUUGGAUUUGGCUUCAGAGCGAUCGUGCGAUCUCACUUGGCUGUACUUUUCUCUUCUGUUCCACGAAUUCUGUAAAUCCUUCGGACUUCUGUUCGCCAUUCGCCGUCGCGUACUGUGAUUCUGUUUCCGCGAAGAUGAUGUCCAUGCAGGAUAUGUUUUACUCAAACGCGGAGCCUGUAUGGAUUGUGAAACCCGAGGAGAAGAAGAAGGACGGGGCCAAGAAGGAGGAGAAGCCGGUGGAGAAACAAGAGUUUUCAAUUCUCAGCAUUAUACCGAAUUAUCCUUACUACUACCCUGCUUACGUUCCUGAACCUUCUCCUAAAGCUGAGCCUCAGAAGAAGAAGGAGACGACGACGGCACUGCAUAUAUCAAUCUGUUGCAGUGAGUGCGUGGACACUAUCACGUACGCUCUCAAGAAGCUGCCAGGAGUUAAAGAGGUAGAUUGCGACAUUCUGAAGGAGAAAGUCGUCGUCACGUACACUACAACGCCUCUCGGGGACAUCCUUUCAGAAAGCACUCGAGCGUUCAAACAUGCAAGGCUGUGGAGAGCUGAUGAUUAGGAACUUCAAAUCUUCCUGGAAUUUUACUCUGCAAAUGUUUGAUAGCAUCAAGUUCUGAUCCAGCUUCGUAAUCGACACCUGAGUCUACUGCAAUCGAUCUGCUUCACAAUCGUCAAUGCCACGAAGAGACCAUUUACGAGGAUUUGAGGGCUCUCUGCAAUCCGUUGAUCUCAUCAAUAGGCGAUCGACUGGAGAUCGAUGCUCGUGAUGAACUACUACGGCUACUGCAUUAGAUUUGCUUCAUCGUCGUCCACGCCACAGAGGGACAUUUAUGCGAUUGGCUUUGUGUGUGAACAAUCUACGAUUUACGUUACGAUUUACGCAGUUAAUAAUUGCUCCAGCAGAAUGACAAGCUGUCAUCAGGACUCGAAGGCGAACUCUGGCUCUGUUCUGCCUUCUUCGAUGUAUCCUGUACGGAUAUCUGUGCGAAGUCCGGAGGACAUAGAUUUCCAGAAAAGGAGUCUAAUCAGAUGCGUGGAUUCAUCUAGUUCGACUCCCAUCUGAUUCUACACGCGACGCAUCGAGCAUAUGAAGGAUUGAGUGGAUGGUUUGUACCGCGGAUUGAAAAUCAGGAUAAUCAUCUGUAGAAAGUUGGCCGCAUCUCUCUCUGUGUAGUGUGUUGCAGCCCAAAUUGUAUUUGAAGAUCUGGAACACCUUGUACAUAGCGAAAACCACGGGAGACCUUAUCUAUUGAUUUGUACAGGCAUAAAAUCUACAUAGAUUGCUCUAUGUAGAUUAAUUUUUUUGUACAGUGUGAGGAGAUAGCCUCAUAUCAUAUAUUCCCAUCAUUCUUAGCCUCCG